AUGUCAAAGAACACAUGUAAUCUCAAUCUCUCUCUACAGUAUCUCCUUUCUAUGAUCGCAUUAUCGUUGCUGUUGCUUAAAGCAGAUUCAAGAACCCACCGUGGAGACACGCGGAUGCUCAGGGAUCUAAAACAGGGGUUGAACCCGAAGUCCAUAGCCCUUGGAUCUUGCUUGAGCUCGUGGGACUUCUCAGUGGAUCCAUGCGACCAUAUCUUCGGCGACAAAUUUACUUGUGGAUUCAGGUGUGACUGGGUUUCUUCCGGUUUAUUCCGAGUCACUGAGAUCACUCUUGACCCGGUGGGUUACUCUGGUUUACUCUCGUCAACCACCUGGAACCUGCCUUACUUACAAACUCUUGACGUAUCAGACAACUCCUUCUAUGGUUCAAUCCCAGACUCAAUUUCCAACCUCACUCGGCUCCGUCGACUCAGUCUCUCAAAGAACUUGCUUUCUGGCAAAAUACCCAUCUCUCUUGCAUCUCUUAGACAACUCGAAGAGCUUUAUAUUGAUAACAACAGUCUCCAUGGACCCAUUCCAUCAAGCUUCAACUCUCUUGUAAGCUUAAAAAGACUUGAAAUCCAAGAAAACAAUCUCUCCGGUGAGUUUCCUGAUCUGGGUGCUCUAAAAGACCUGAACUAUCUUGAUGCUAGUGAUAACCAAAUAUCUGGUGAAAUUCCUUCAACACUACCGGUGUCUCUUAUUGAGCUAUCUAUGCGAAACAACAAGUUACAAGGAAAGCUACCUGAUAAUUUGGGCGAUUUGGAGUUUUUACAGGUCUUGGAUCUUAGCCACAACGAGUUAUGGGGUCCUAUCUUGCCAGUUCUUUUUUACCAUCCUUCUCUUCAACAACUUACUCUUUCCCAUAAUAACUUCACGUUCUUGCAAGUUCCAGGUACAAUGGGUUUAACAAGCAACUUAAUAGCUCUUGAUUUGAGCUAUAAUGAUCUUAGAGGCGUGUUACCAGGUUUUUUAGGUUCUAUACCGCAGUUGUCAGCUUUGUCUCUAGAGAAUAACAAGUUUACCGGAAUGAUACCAACUCAGUAUGCUUUGAAAGUGGCUGUUCCGAGGAGCAAUACUUCCUCUUUUGAGAGGCUAUUAUUAGGUGGUAAUUACUUGUUUGGUCCGAUUCCGGGCCCUCUAAUGGGUUUAAAACCGGGUUCUGCAAAUGUGAGUUUGGUUGAUAAUUGUUUAUAUACGUGCCCUGAUGCGUUUUUCUUUUGUCAGGGUGGGAAUCAGAAGUCAUUAGUGGACUGUAAGAAAAGAUUUAAGCCUGUGAUUCCUUAG